AUGGCGGCGCCGAGAGAGCGCAGCAACUACUUUGUGAGAGAAAUUGAGAAAAACGACGGGUCCCUUUUAUCAGUGAGCCAAUGUUUCGUGGGAGACGUUGGCUGCGUGGUGUGGGAUGCGGCCAUUGUUCUCGCUAAAUAUUUAGAGACGAAACAAUUUUACGAUCCGUCCUCUGGAGUUAAUUUAUGGGCUGGUCGAAGAGUGGUGGAGUUAGGAGCUGGGACGGGGGUCGUUGGUUUGAUGGCAGCAACGCUGGGUGCUCAUGUGAAUGUAACAGACUUGGAGGAUCUACAGACCCUCCUGAAAGUGAACAUUCAAGACAAUCAGACUCUCAUCAGUUGUGGAUCCAUAACUGCCAAGGUACUGAAAUGGGGUGAAGAUGUAUCUGGUUUCCUUCCACCUCCAAACUAUAUACUGAUGGCAGAUUGCAUUUAUUAUGAGCAGUCGAUUAUUCCACUGGUGAAGACCUUGAAGUUGCUCAGUGGACCAGAGACUUGCAUCAUUUGUUGCUACGAGCAACGCACGGAGGGUAUCAACCCCAAAGUAGAAAAUCAGUUUUUUGAGUUGCUGCAACAAAGCUUCACUUGUGAAGAGAUCCCUUCAAGCAAACAAGACUGCAAGUUUAGCAGUCCAGACAUCCACAUUCUGCAUGUUAGGAAAAAAGUAGGUUUGUAA